GGCGACCUCUACUUAGCCGCUGGCGAGUACCAGGCCGGCACCCUUCUGAAGUGGGACAAGAUAUCCCUGUUCGACUGGUUGCUUGGAGGGGGCUCGGAGCCCGAGAUGUCCGGUGACCUGCAGGUACUCGCCAGCGAGUUCCUAGCUGAUACUCUUCUGACAUGGGACGAGAUGUCCCUGUUUGACCAGUCGCUUGGAGGGGUCUCGGAGCAUGAGAUGUCCGUGCUGUCCUGGGAGCUCUCUGAGCUCCACGGCAGCCUGGUGGUUGUCGUGGCCCCAGGCACCGCGAAUGCCUGGAUCCUUCUUGUUGUCCUGGCGCCUAAUGCUCUCUGGUUUGGCCUCAUUGGACGGGGUUGCCAUACACUGCUAUCGUUCUCGAAAUAUCCUGAUGGAGGACUUAAAGAGAUACCGUCACCGUAUCCAGAUAUCACUGUUGGCCUCCGAAGGGAAAACUUCAACCGAUACAAAUCGGCGCUUUACGACCUAGGCCACGUCGCUGCACCCAUUAGCUGCACUACAGCUAUGAUCUUUCCAUAUAUUACCCUCGAGGUAAAAGGAGACGCUGGUUAUACGGGUGCCCAGCACCAGAACAGACACAAUGCUGCAGUUAUGCUAUUCCACCUCAGCCAGUUGUCUACGCGCGCUAGGGGUGAGGAAGUUAUAAGGCAAUCCUUCGAUAACGCUGUCAACUGCUGGCGUGUGCAACUUGGUGCCCAACUUGGUGCCGAGAUGGUCCGGGUGGCCAUGGCUCCACCCCCCACCCUCCCGCUCCCGCUCCUCCUCCUCGAAGAUCAAGUCAAACUGACAUUUGAUCACAGAGGAAUAAUCACCGACGGGGGAGCCGAGGCAGAGAGGAUCGCUCCGCCAUGGCCUCCGGCGGCCUGA